AUGAUGAACAACUUUCACUUGUACCAAUCUCCAUGGGUUAUUCGUUGGAUCUCUAGUUCUUUUAAAUGUGCUUUGAGGAGGAAUUUACAUUGCACUAAAAGCAGUAGCUUUGUUCCUGAUGAUCACAAGUUAUUGGCGAAGAAAAUAUGGGAUUACUUGAUUCUUGGACAUGAAAUUUCAAAGAGUGAUGUUAUAUUGGUUCUAGGAAACCAUGAUUUACGGACAGCUGAACAUGGUGCUAGUUUAUGGCUUCAAGGAGUGGCACCAUGGAUUCUGUUCUCGGGAAAAGAAGGUGCAAAUACUAGAGGGAAAUGGACAAAACCUGAAGCUGAGAUAUUUAAAGAUGUGGCCAUAUCUCUAGGUGUCAACAAAAAUAAAAUUUUGUUGGAACCCCAUGCUACUAACACAGGUGAAAAUGUACGCUUCUCAUACAACAUCCUGCAACAAAGAAACUUAUUACCAAAAGAAAAGAUACUUUUGGUGCAGAUGCCAUACAUGGAAAGAAGAGUUUAUGCCACAUUUAUGAAACAAUGGUCAGGUUUCUCAGAAACUCCCAAUUUGCAAGUUUUGGUGACCUCACCACGAAUUCCAAUGCUCAGUUACCCCAAUACAGAAGUGGGAUCACUGUGUGAUGUUAUUAGUGCUAUGAUAGGAUGUCUAUACAGAAUACAGAUUUAUCCACAAAAAGGUUUUCAGAUUCCACAGACUAUCCCAGAUACUGUUCUACAGAGCUACAAAAAGUUACUCCAAACAAAUAUGUAUAAUGACCUAAUUAAUAUUUAAUCAUAGAUAAUUAUGCUUUUAAUGUUCCUCAGUGGAGUAGAAUUGUGCUUGAUGCACAUAAAUACCCCAUUGAGUGCUUUGACUGUAAAAUAUACAUUCCACUUUUAAAUGCUCAUCAAAUUAAUUGCACACAACAUUAUUUCACAAGUUUCAUUUAUUAUUUCAUUGCUAUAUUAAAUUAACAAAAAACUUUGCCUUGAAAACAACAAAAUUAAUACAUGUACUGAUGGAUAAAAAAUGAUUAAA